AAAUGCACAGCUUAAGAAGGCAAGGAAAAACUGUUCUCGAGUCUAACACAAGAGUGCCUCAGAAGUCCACCCUCCCCUUGAGUUGUAGACCACCUCCAAAACCCACCACAGAGCUGCAGCUGUACGUCCUUCAGCAUCCACACCUUCACAACCUCACAGAAACUCCUGAGGCCCUGCAAAGAGAGCAGCAGUCCUGCACAGCUCCACUGCAUCUACCAGAGGAUUACACACCACAAAAAUGAGCACCAGACUCCCAAACUUUAAGUGAUUACAAAAUCUGCUGCUUUGGACCAUAACAGAACUCCAGAAGGGAUAUCUUUUGUAUCGACCCUGACAGCGUGCAGCUCACCAGCAUGCAGGUGACAACAUGUGCGUUGUUUACGCUCCUCAGCCUCUCUAUCAGCGCCGUGUCGGAGUCUGACUUCUGCCCUACAGUCUGUGAGUGCUCUGAGUGGAAGAGUCUCACCAUCUCCUGCAUUGACAUUGAUAUUCUCCCCAGGUUUCCAUCAAGCACGGAGACACUGUGGCUUUUUGAGACCCGUCUCUCAUCAAUAACAGCAGAUGCCUUCGCAAACAUGGUCAACAUAUCAAGAAUAUAUAUAUCGGUGGAUGUGACACUGCAGAGGCUGGAGAGGCACUCGUUCUACAGCCUGAAGAAAAUCACCCACAUAGAGCUACGUAAUGCAAAAAGUCUGACCUACGUUGACCCAGAAGCCUUUAAAAAUCUCCCAAACCUCAAAUACCUGGGCAUUUUCAAUACAGGCCUUACUUUCUUUCCUGACUUGAGCAACAUCCACUCCAAUGACAUGAACUUCAUCCUGGAAAUUGUUGAUCAUCCCUUUAUCACUGAGAUCCCAGCCAACUCAUUCCAAGGCAUCACAAACAACGUGCUGACAGUGAUGCUCUAUGGAAAUGGCUUCAGAGAAAUCCAACACCAUGCAUUUAAUGGUACCAAGCUAGAUCAAGUUGACCUGCACAGGAAUAAAUACCUCACCAAGAUGGAUGACAGGGCUUUUGCAGGCACCAUCAGCGGCCCCAUGCUUCUAGACGUGUCUGUCACUGGGGUCACCUCUCUGCCGACUACAGGUAUGGACUCUGUCCGGGCGCUGAAGGCACGAAAUGCCUGGGCCCUCAAGAAACUACCGCCAAUCAAAACAUUCAAACAUCUCACCGUGGCCAAUCUCACCUACCCGAGCCACUGCUGCGGCUUUAAAAACCUCAAAAAGAAAAGAAGCUAUUUGGAGUACAUGAUGUGUAACCUGACUGCUCUCCAAGACCAGCAUCACAAGCGCUCUGUGGGGCCCCUCCGCAUGCCUUCCCUCCAAGGAGACAGCAUGGUGGAAUUAGUCCCAGACGAUGAGCAAAAUGAUGCAGGCCACAAAGAGACCCAGCAAGACUGGAGGAGAGGUGACUUCCAUGGCAGCCUCUAUUACCAUGCAUACUUCGGGGGCCUGCCAGAUGAGGAUGUGGGUUUCGGAGAGACCCUCAAGAACCCCCAGGAGGACACCAGCCAAGACUUUAACAGCCGUUAUGAUUAUGUGGUGUGUGAGGAUGGAGAGGAGGUGGUGUGUGCACCAGUCCCUGAUGAGUUCAACCCUUGUGAGGACAUAAUGGGAUUUGGCUUCCUGCGAGUGUCUGUGUGGUUUGUGAGUCUGCUGGCUGUUCUGGGGAACGUCGUGGUGCUCCUGGUGCUGCUCACAAGCCACUACAAGCUGUCUGUCUCCCGCUUCCUCAUGUGUCACCUGGCCUUUGCAGACCUUUGCAUGGGGAUUUAUCUGUUGCUUAUUGCUUCUGUAGACCUCCACACACGAUCUGAGUACUUCAACCACGCCAUAGACUGGCAGACAGGCCCUGGCUGUGGACUCGCAGGGUUUUUUACAGUAUUUGCAAGUGAGCUUUCAGUCUACACCUUGACAGUAAUCACUUUGGAGAGAUGGUACGCGAUCACCUUUGCUAUGCGACUGGAUCGUAAGCUACGUCUGCACCAUGCAGCAGCGGUGAUGCUUGGCGGAUGGAUCUUCUGCCUCCUUCUGGCCUUGCUUCCUCUGGUUGGAGUGAGCAGUUACCAGAGGGUUAGCAUUUGUCUCCCAAUGGACACCCAGUCCACAGUGUCCCAGGUCUACAUCUUGUCAGUGCUGGUCCUCAACAUCCUGGCCUUUUUGGUUAUUUGUGCGUGUUACGUCAAGAUCUACUGUGCAGUGCACAACCCCCACUACCGAUCUGGAUCCAAGGAUACCAAUAUCGCCAAGCGCAUGGCUGUCCUGAUCUUUACAGACUUCCUAUGCAUGGCACCUAUCUCCUUCUACGCCAUGUCAGCUGUUCUGGACCGGCCACUUAUCACCGUGUCCAACUCCAAGAUUUUAUUGGUACUUUUUUACCCGCUCAAUUCCUGCGCCAACCCAUUCCUCUACGCCAUCUUCACGAAGGCUUUCAGGGGGGACAUAUUCAUUCUCCUCAGCAAGGUGGGCCUUUGUCAGCAGCGAGCGCAGCUGUUCAGAGGUCAGACUGUCUCCUCAAAGGGCAGCAGUGGGACAUCUCAGAUCCGUAGAGACAAGGACAAGGUUAGAAAAAGUGGACGGGGAAGUCAGGAAGAAGAGCCCAUCCACUUGAAGAAGUGCUGUGGACAUACCUACCACUAACCUGUCUGCCAGAAGACGAUCCCUGAAGAGAACCAGAGCCUGAACACGUGAGCCAAACACCAGCUCAAAGUAGCAAAGCAAGACAGGUUCAGGCGGGAGAGGACUGGCCUUGAAGUGUUUGUGGAUAGAUCUGUUUGGAUAUUUAACAGAAAGGUCCAGGAUUCUGUAUCUGCUUCAAUUUUCAGGCCAGGUUCAGCUGUUUUCACAAUUUCACCUGUGAUAAUUUUAUGGUUCCAGUUGUUGAAGGAUAUCAGGUGUUUAUGAAAUACGAGCCUGACUUCAUCUCACCUAUUGUCCUUUGCAUUUAAAUGAAGUGGCUUGAGUAAAGCAGAGACUAGAUGAAAAAUAUUUAAGAUAAAACCCAGCACAAGUAUAUAACUCUAAAUACAAUCAAUCUUUCCAUUAUCAUUAAUUCUAAAAUAACUUAAUCUGUAAUUAUCUCUGCACAAUAUUACUUUGAUAUAAAAGGAAAGACAACAGACUUUUUCACAGCCACUGUAAGAUGACAUUGUAUACCUGGUUCACUGUGUUCAAGGACAGCCUGCUGGCUCAGUGCAUUCACAGUGGAAUAUUUAUCCAAUUUAUGGAAAUAGGAAAACGCUGCACUUCUUGUAGUCUUAUCAAUGACUCUCUAUGCAUUGUAAAUACAUGAUAGUGUUUGGUGAUUUAUGGAUGAAAAUGGAACCAUUCGCUGGGGCAUUUUGUUUUUAACAGUGAACAAGUAUAACUAAGUAUGUGAUGUUGAAAAGCAGGCAGGCUUUUACUGUGCAAAUUGUACUUUUAUGUGGCCUUUAUCUGCAUCAUAUAGAGUAUCACUUUAUUGGAUUUAUAAAGUAUGUGUGUAUUUCAUAUUUUGUAAUGUUUGGGUAUUUCUUAUAUGUAACCACAAUUUAUUCAUCAGACAUUUUGUUACAUCCAGAAAAACAGCUUGCAGAGGAAAGUCCUCAUCUCCAGAGAGCAUGUGAUCCAAUUACAAAAGUAAACACAAGACAUAUUUUGAUUAUUAGCAAGUUUCUACAAAUUACAGACAGGCAUGAUAAUCACAAAUACCUUUAUACUGUGAAAGCCUUGUGUCUCCUCUGGAAUUUCGUGGUUGUUUUUCUUGCAUGAUCGUGAUAUUUUUCCAUCCUCUCACGGAAACAAGUGACUUAUACAAUCAGCAGAGAUAGCCUCACCUUCACUGGGAGAGCUUAAAGUAAAUACAGCUGAGGCAUGUGUGAGCUGAGCCGCUUUAACUUGAGCGGUAUAGAGCCAUUAUGAGUUAAAGGACACCUUCUGCCGAUGGAAGCUUAACAUCUGGAUAGCAUUUCAUCUGCUGGGUGACAUUUUUCAAGGCACUGUAUGGAUAAACUAGGGGGAAGGCCUUUCCAGGAAUGAGGGAUCAUUUCACACCUUUUUUAAUUUUUCAUGCAAAUCUGUCAAGGAGAUAUUUCAUAAGA